AUGCGAGUACUGCAAAUUUUCUUGGCGCUAUGCGUGUUGAAAGUAUACGCUUUGUCACCCGCAAUCGGGAGAAGCAAGAAACAGAAUCACUAUAUCAUCGAUGGGAAUAAUCUCUUGCAUUCCAAAGGCGUUCCAAGACAGGCUGAUGUAUUGACAGAGAAACUCAAGCCAAUAGCAACUCUCGAGCCUGUUAUCUUAGUUUUCGAUGGACGGCCUGGUCUAGAAAGGUCUGAAACUGAAGAAGGAAACUUCAGGCGUGUUCAGUUGGGGGAAGGAAUGUCCUCCGAUGAUUUCAUUCUGGAAGAGAUUGUAGCAAUUGCUUCAGAAUCGAAAGAAAACCGUGUGAAGCUAGUAACAGCAGACAAGCGCCUACGAACCAAGGCAUUACAAAAGGGCCAAACUGUGAAGACGGUCGUAAAUCCAGUCACUUUCUGGAAGAAGUACCGACCGAGGAUGGGUGGCUUGAAAUAG